GCGGUUGGUAACGGACGUUCGGACCGGCUUGGCCACUGUGGCGGCGCGCGUAGAGCGGCGUGGCCGCGCGUGGAGGCCCCUCGGGCGCUGAGCUGCAGCCCGGGACCCGAGGCUCGGUCUCGCGCGUGAUCGCUGACCCAGCUGCGCCGUGAGCGGGCCCGCGGCUGGGCAGUGAGGCCUCCUCGGGCCUGCCGCGCCCUGCAUGCGAGUGGGGACUCCGCGGAGCUUAACGGAGGCCGAGCCGGAGCGGCGGGCGGAGUAGAGAAGGUGGCGGCGGGCCUGCUCACCCGCGCGGGUGGAUGCGGCGCCGCGGCGAUGGACGCCCUGGAGGAAGAGAGCAUCGCGCUGUCCUUCUCUUCUGCCUCUGAUGCAGAAUUUGAUGCUGUGGUCGGAUGUCUUGAAGACAUUAUCAUGGAUGAUGAGUUCCAGUUAUUACAGAGAAACUUCAUGGACAAGUAUUACCAGGAGUUUGAAGACACGGAAGAGAAUAAACUCACCUACACACCCAUUUUUAACGAAUAUAUUUCUCUGGUAGAAAAGUAUAUUGAAGAACAGCUGUUGGAGCGGAUCCCUGGAUUCAACAUGGCCGCUUUCACAACAACAUUACAGCACCAUAAAGAUGAAGUGGCUGGUGACAUAUUUGACAUGCUGCUCACAUUUACUGAUUUUCUGGCGUUUAAAGAAAUGUUUUUGGACUACAGAGCAGAAAAGGAAGGCCGAGGACUAGACUUAAGCAGUGGCUUGGUAGUGACGUCCUUAUGCAAAUCAUCUUCAACACCAGCCUCCCAGAACAAUCUACGUCACUAGGUCCCACUCCAGGCAAAGAGUGGGAUCAUCGUGGAGAUCACCAGCCCGGUAGGCUCAGAGACUUCAGUUAUGCCCACAGACAUGCAUCUCUGAAAGACCGCUGCUGUGUGGCCGUUUAUGUUAAGUAUUGAUGGGUCACAGACAACAUGACCUGACCCAUGGGGACCAUUUCUCCUGGAACACCUUCUUGUAUUCAGCCACCCUCAUGCUUCUCUCCUUCCCCAUGUAGACACAUCUCCCAGGUGCUUCAGAGCCAGACCCCUCUCCAGGGCAGCACAUGGAGUAUCCACAGUGUGAAACAACCCACCAUCAUGAGCCCUUUGUCCCAGCAGACUUUGCACAACUCUGUGUGCGCACAGCUCUUUCACACGGGUCAGUUUUGGUCCUUCAUCCACAGUGGGGUUUUGUCUAAGACUACUCACUUUGCCAGAUCCUCGUGCCACUGUCCGCCACUGUAGGAACCAGCUGAGAGAUAUCUUCUACCCAAAAGAUACCUUACAUCCACAGUGCUUGUAACACUGGCUCCUGUUUGUUCUCAUGUAGUUCCACUUUCUAGAAAUCUCUUAGGCAUUAUUUUUGAAAAAAAUAUUUUUAUAGAUAAAAACUCAGGCUAACCUAGUAGAUAUGGUCAUGGAACUGCCAUUGAUCCCCCACUUAAGAUCAAAGUAUUCUGUGCUGUGUGCUUUUGAGUUAGUGCUGCAAAGGCAAAGAUGCUGUCUGCACCGGUGCACCUGUUAUAUUAGCUCCAGUGAACAUCAGCUAUGUGCUAGGAAUAGAGUAGGAACUGCCCUGCUGUUAGAGCAUGCUAAGUGUAUGUGCAGGCUUGCUUGAAAUCCUUUCUGCAUAAGCCAGUUCAGUGGGCUUUCUUGGAAGGAGAUAGAGAUGGCAUUUUUUUUUCUUCUGUCAGAAAUCUCUCAGAGAAGGUACACCAUUAGUCUAGCUCAGCAUGGAGUGGGCAGGGGACAGCAUUGCUGGCCACGUGUCCACCUUGGGUUAGUGCUAUAUUUGGUAGACUAUAACUGGCCAGAAAACAGUUCAAUUCCCAAUAUGUACUUUCAACACUGAAGAUAAAACCCAUCCUGGAUCUUCAGUGACUGUUGCGGUUUCAGAGGAUGAGCUGUAACCUAUGCUAUGUGUUUUUCUGUAGUGGUUUGUCACUACUUUUGUAACCUGAGUAAAAUUUCCUGUUUUGCAA